AGGCUGACUCACGUCCCAAGUGCUUUUCCGCCGUUUGUCCCAGAGCCAUGACCCAAAUGGCUCCUGCAGAUGCGCAAGCGAAUUCGAAGUUUGCCGCACGCGACACUGCCAACAUCGUGCUGAGCGUGCUUCUGCUCUCCGUGUUCAUGGGUGGUUCCUACAUCUGGCUGUCGGCAUCCAGCGACAGCUACCAGUGCAACAAAGCCAUGUCCGAUGUGGUGGUCAAGUGGUACAACCUGUCGAUGGCUUUGGGGUCAGCCAGCCUGAUCCUCUGGCACUACCUGGAUACUGAUCCCUUCAAGGUCCGCUACGUCGUUUACGGUCGCCCGGAGAUUGCCCCAGUGCAGCGGGACUUUCUUCACAUCCAGCGAAUGUCCACCUUCACAGUUUGGAGCAACAUCACCUCCAGCCUCUUCUUCUGCUGCUCCGCUGUGCUGGGCUUCCUGGGCCACGAGAGAGCGCCCCCCGCGCUUUGCACCGCCAACCAAGUGCUGUGGGAGCUCACGUUUCCCCUGGCCUUCUUCGUGAACAUCGUCGUGACCUUUGUGCUCAUCCCCAGCAUCAAGAAAAUGCGCGACAUGGACAAGUUGGACCGCAUCCUGCGGCUUAGGCCCCAGCUGCUUCACAAUGGCCUGGCCCUGGCAGCGGCCAUGGAAGCCGUGCUCGCUGCUCCCCCGCUGGCGAUUGCCCACUUCCCUGUGCUAGUCCUUUUUGGCACCGUGUACGUGGUCUUCUCAUGGUACUUCUUCAUGCAGACGGGCAUUUUCCACUACAUGUUCCUUGACCAUCGCUUCCAGUACCAGCCCUUGGCCUUGCUUCUUCUUCUGGCUUUGCUGGCGGCGGUCUACUGCGUGGGCUCCGUGGCCCUGACCCAUGCCACCAGCUCUGCCUGGGCCAGGCUGGGGAUUUUGGUCUUCGCGCUGGGAACCUGCACCUGGCGCAAAGGCGAGCUCUCGCCCAACCAGAGCAGCUUUGCAAAGCUGUUGGCCUCCUAAGGGCCUUGGCAGUUGCCCCCUCCGGGAUGAAGCGGGCUUUCGCCCGUGGCGUUCGGGGCGCGCGGGUUGGGCGGGAGAGCGACAGGGAGCAACCCGCGGCACCUAGGGAUUGCCCUUUGCUCCGCUACUUGGAUGUGUACGCCACUUGGCACGUUGUAACCGCGUGGCGGGAGCGAACGCCAUUGGUGUUGAGGGAAUAUCGUUUCAGCGGACCCCCUCACUGUGGAUG